AACAAAGAAGGAAACGCUCUCAUUUCUGCGGAGCGCUCAAGAAGUUACGAGACUGGGAGAACUACUUUAACAGGCUCUAAAGUUUGGAUUAUUUGUUGGAUAAAGCUCAUCCAGAGGGCUUCGGUCAGAGGACAUCGGAUCCGUCAAGAUGGACUUUGAUCCGGAAGUAGGAGUAUCCACGGAGCCCCAGGACAAAGUGUCUGUCCUGAAGGAGCAGGUGGAUGGAGUCAAGAACAUCAUGACCCAGAAUGUUGACCGGAUCCUGGCGCGUGGGGAGCGGCUGGACGAUCUCAUGGGCAAAUCUGAAGACCUGCAGGCCGGGGCACAGACCUUCAAGCAGACGUCCACCAAAGUAGCCCGCUCGUACUGGUGGAAGAACGUGAAGCUAGUGGUGGUCAUCGUCGUGGUGGUCGUCAUAAUUAUCCUGAUAAUCAUUCUUCUGGCUACUGGAGUCAUCCCCACGAGCGCCCCUGUCCCACCCAUAACCCCCACAACCAAACCCAAACCAUAAACGCUGCAGUAUCAAUACAAACGCAUAGACUUCAAUUACUCUCGUUUCCCAAGGCCUUCACUGUUCCUAUUUCGUAUUCAGUUAAAUCCAGAAUAUAAUAUGGUAAAUCAGGAUGGGAUGCAAUUCUGUAAAUUAAGCUCAGUGAACUCAUUGUCUCUCAAACGUAAGAAAAGCCAAGCAAAAUAUCGGCAAUCAGUACCACUAGAUCUACAAUUAAAUCAAACUAGGGCCAAAUCAGGUCCAAAAUGGGCUUUUAUUAUUUAUUACAGACGGAAAUUGGAUGGAUUCAGAUUGAGUCACUGAUUGAAAUGAUCAGAUUCAACAUUUGAGAAUUUAGCUUUUGGAUAUUUCUAAUAAAAUACACUGUUAUCAAUUAAUGGGUUUCAGGCAUAAGAAUUACAUCCUGAUUUGAAGAUUUUGGCACUUCACAGACUUCUGUUGUUACAGCAAUAGUGCAGUUGAAAUCAUUGUUUUCAAUAUGGUCCCCACAAAGUCCUUCCCCAGGAGUAUAAUCCUAACAAUUUAGAAUCUGAACAUCUCCAUAUAUCUAUAUAUCUACAUAUAAAGGCAGACAAAAUGUGGAUUAAUCCGCAGUCAUGUUUCACUUUAGGAAGCAGUAAACUUAUUUAUUAUUAGUAAAACAUUGUCAUAAAUCCAACAUUAACUUAUAGUAUGACAUUCUGCCACUUCAUAACAACUCAAUAAAUGUAACUAUCACACAAAAAAUCAGCCAUAGACCUUAUAUAUAUCUUUUACAGCUGUCACAACUAAUAAUCAGUCAUUUUCCCCACAUGCCAUGACCCUUGGAUGUUGUUUAAAGGGCCCAUAUUACACUAUUUUGUGAUCUAUGUUACAAUGUUGUUUCCUCAUCAAAACAUACCUGGAGUUGUGUUUUGUUUCAUUAAUACAAAUUUAACACACAAACCCUGCAUAUUUAGGCUGAGUUAUUCUCUCAAACAGAAAACACUCUAUUCCACCUUGUGAUGUCAUGAAGAAAUAUAAGAAGUGCUCCACUGUGUUUGUAAACUCUAUACUCUGGAAUCACUUGGAUUAUUUCAGCUCUGGAUUUGCCAGUCUCUAUUAAACAAAAGGUAAAAGGUAACUGUUAAUUUCAACUACCACUACAUGACAUCAGAAGGUGGAACAGAGCAUUUAAUAAUUAAUAAUAAAGAGUUACUCAAACAUGUUUGAAUGAAACAAAAAACAAGGUAUGUCCAGGUAUGUUUUGAUGAGGUAACAACAUUUUAAGAUGGCUUAAAGUUCACAAGAUUCAAUUUUGCAUAAUAUAUAGGACCUUUAAAACCAUAUGAGUACAUUUGGGCUUAACUGGAUUCGUAUUGUAGCGCUGUUGUCAUAAUGGACCUAAAUCAGUGGUGUGGGUGUUGCUGAAUCUGUUCCUCUUUAUGCAGUUACAUUGGCUCUGGAAAUGCAUUCACAGCCAAUUUAUGAAGGGUUUCUGUCUAGUUUUGCACAUUCAAAAAUUGUUGUAAAAAGGUGGUAAAUAGUUUUAUUCUGAUUAAAAAUAAUAAGUAGAUAAAGAUAAUUUUAAACAUAAAUUUUAUUGUUGUUACUAUGGUAUACACUUAAUAAUACCAAACCUUAUUUCUUUAAGUUAUGCUAACCUAUAUUAUGGAUAAAGGUUGUUCAGUUAUGGUCAUUUGAAAGUGACAAUAGCUGCUGUUGAUCUAAAGCAUUUUAAUAUAAAAAAUGUUGUAGUCUUUUUUUUUUCUGGACAGUUAUAGGUUUUCUUUACAUGGCAGGAAGAUAAAACUGUGUUACACUAUUUUGCUUCUAAACUGUUAACAUACAAGGAAGUUGCAAAGUCCCACCUUUGAGUACGGUGGCCUAUAUUAGACAAUUCGGUUGCCUUUUUGAAUGCUUUCACCUUGAAAUGCACCUUUCUAUAUUUUGAGAAAUGCAGUGUCUAAAACACAAAGCAUUGGACAUAGCUGGAGAUAGCUUUUUACCUGUUACUGCAAAAUGGAGUAAAUCCAGUGAGCUUCCAUUUUGUCUGUAAUAUUUAUUAACUUAAAUUGAAAUGUACCAUUGAUGCUUUUGUAAUUGACUCCCAGCAGCCUGAAGUGCAGUUUAUAUGAUGGUAAUAGUUUAAUUUAACUUAAAGCCGCUGUACUUUAAAAACGUGUGUAAAGUGUUUCUCAUAACUCUGAGAUCAGAGUGGAAUUUUGCCAUGACAGUAAAGCUAACAACUAGCAUGCUAUAGCGCACUUCCUGAUUAUUGGACAAAAAAAGACUUUCUAUGUAGUAGUAGACAGUACGCAGAAGACUUAUUUUGACCUCAAGUGCUGCUUAUAUUUUGCUCAAAUUCAUGUGAAAAAAAUCAGGUGUAACAAAAUUUUUGUGUGACAUUGAUGUUCUUGUAAUUGACCCUCAACAACAUCCUUAAAGGUGCAUUGUGUAACUUUUCUGGUGGAGGAUUCGUCAAAUGCUUUUCUCCAUGGAGAUUAUUGCUUUGUCUGGAAUGUUUCACAGUAUGGUAUUAAACCUUUCUAUUUUCAUGGAGGCCAAACCAGACCAAGUUACAGGUCAGGUCUGUGGAGAGACAAAAAUACUCAAUGCUCAAAAAUAUAUAUAAAAAAUAAUAAUAAUAAACUAAAAAACAGACUGUAGAAAAACUGUUUUUCUGGGUAUUUUUGUGCAUUAAAAACACCUGUCAUUGAGUAAAUGUAAGGUAGAUCUAUUUAAUGUCAUAUUGUAGAACAUUUGAAGCAGAGCAAUGACAUUUCCAUAGAAAUAAAAAGCUGACGGACCCCCAUCUAAAAAGUUACAUAGUGCACCUUUAACAUUAAGUGCAGUUUAUAUGGUAAGAGUAGAAUUUGACUUUAUAGAUGAUUGUUUUAGAUUAUGUUUCCUAUUUAAUUCAAACGUUCCUUCAAUCAAUCUGUAGUAAUGACUUGGGAAGAACUGCAAUAGUGAAAGUAAGCUGUAAUUUGUCACAUUUUCUCUUUCUUUAUUUUAUUUGUUUUGGUCUUUGAUAUUGUAUUAACGAUUAAGACUAUCAUUAAGAUUAUUUUUAAAUAAAUUCUCUAAUUUA